UUGCAUGAACCAAUUCUAAUUGCUAAUUUCCGCGUGUCAACAUACUAAGCCUCCAAAUCAUCACAAUCCAAUCCAAUCCAACAAAAAUGAAAUACACAAGAACACAUGUAAACCACUAAAUGGUUGACUUCAUAUCUAAAAAUGAUCCAAGUGGGACCCAAAAUAGAUAAGGUGUACUAGUAAGAGUAUGAAACAAAAUCACCCCAUUGGAGAUCGGAGAAUCAUCCACCUUACACUUCCUCUUGUCACCAAAACCACCAUUGUUAAGUAACUUCUAGAGAGAGAAAGCAAGCUAGGGAUGGCUCAAGCUAUGGCUUCAAUGGCUGGCUUACGCGGCUCAACUCAAGCUGUUUUAGAAGGAAGCCUUCAAAUUAGCGGCUCUAACCGGCUAAGUGGGCCCAUUUCAACCCGUAUUGCUGUUCCUAAAACAGGCCUAAUUGUCCGAGUCCAGCAAGUUUCAGCAGAGAGUACGGAGACAAGUCGUCGGGCUGUUUUGAGCCUGGUUGCUGUUGGUAUUGCUUCUGGAUCGUUUGUUAAGGCUGUUCUUGCUGAUGCUAAGCCCAUUGCUAUUGGCCCACCUCCUCCACCGUCGGGUGGUCUUCCUGGAACAUUGAACUCAGACCAAGCAAGAGACGGUAGUUUACCCUACACGAAGGAUAGGUUUUACCUUCAACCAUUGCCUCCAACAGAGGCAAUCCAAAGAGUAAAGGAUUCAGCUAAAGAAAUCAUUGGUGUCAAGGGUUUGAUCGACAAGAAGGCAUGGCCAUACGUCCAAAAUGAUCUUCGAACAAAGGCUGAGUACCUUCGUUUUGACCUUAAAACCGUUAUCUCAGCUAAGCCUAAAGAUGAGAAGAAAUCUCUCCAAGACCUCACUAAAAAGCUCUUUGAUGAUAUCAACAAUUUGGACCAUGCGGCAAAGAUAAAGAGCACUCCAGAGGCGGAGAAAUACUAUGCUCAAACUGUAUCUAGCUUAAAUGACAUUCUUGCUAAGCUUGGUUAAUUGUAUUAUUUUUUGUUUUUUUUUUCUCAAGAUAAUGUAUGACAUUCAAGUUUAUUUUAGUCUUUUCUAAGAAUUUUUUUUUCAUGUUUAUAUAUUAUCAUAUAAUAAAUCUCGUUUUUAAAUAAAAUAUUACAGAUUAUGUUUACAA